GUACUCGCUGUGACGAGUGCUCGCCUGCUUACUAUGGAAACCCCGAGGAGGCGGGUGGGCAGUGUCAGCCGUGUCAGUGCAACAACAACAUUGAUAUGCUGGACCCCGAAUCGUGCGAUGCCCGGACCGGUGAGUGUUUGCGCUGCCUGUACCACAGCGAGGGUGCCGCCUGCGAGAGCUGCAUGCUGGGUUACUAUGGCAAUGCCCUACUCCAGGACUGCAGGAAGUGCGUUUGUAACCGGCUUGGCAGCGUUCCCUCCAGCUGCCCGUCCUCUGACUGUCACUGUGACCGCAGCAGUGGUCAGUGUCACUGUCUACCCAAUGUGGUCGGCCAGCAUUGCGACCGCUGCGCACCUGACACCUGGAAUAUGGCGAUGGGCACCGGUUGUCAGACCUGCGACUGCGACCCCAAACACUCAUACGGGACAUCCUGCAAUGAGAUCAGCGGUCAGUGUUCCUGUCACACCGGCUUCGGAGGAAGAAUGUGUAGCGAGUGUAAAGAACUGUUCUGGGGAGACCCUGAGAUCAAAUGUCACGCCUGUGACUGUGACCCUCGUGGGAUCUCCGAGCAGCAGUGCAACAAAGUCAGCGGUCACUGCAUGUGCGUGGAGGGUGUGUCCGGGCCGCGCUGCGACACUUGCGCUCGCGGAUUCUCAGGAACUUUCCCCAACUGCAGCCGCUGUCACCAGUGCUUCGCCGAGUGGGACAACAUCGUUGGCCAGCUGACCAAUCAGACACACCGCCUGGUCAACAAGGUAAACGCCCUCAAAGCUAGCAGCGUCAACGGGCCGUACAGGAAGUCCAUUGAAAGCAUGGAGAGGAGCGUUGCCGACAUCCAGACCAUCCUGGAUGGGAAUCCGGCAUCACAACCGCUAACGGAGAUCCAGGAGCUGCUGCAGGAGGCCAGUGACCUGAUGGGAGCCCUGAGCCACACAUUGAACCUUACUGAACAGACUCUGGUCCAGGUGGAGGACUUGGACUUUGCUGCAGGAGCUAAACGAGACACUGUGAUGUCAGAGGCACAGAAGCUGGAGGGGACAGUCCAGGAGCUCCUGGACCAGGUCGAGUUCAUCAAGAACUCCGACAUCAGAGGUGCAACAGACAGCAUCACUAAGUACUUCCUGCAGUCCCAGGAGGCCGAGGCCCGAGCUAACGCCUCCACCAUCGACAGCGGCAGCCCGGUCGAAGCCUCUGCUGCUCUACGGCAGCUCACAGAAGACAAACUGAACCAGACCCGAGAGAAGUUCAUGAAGAGACAGUCUGAGCAUGCUCAAAAACUGGAUGACCUGGCAGGAGAACUGCAGAGUCUGGACCUAGCAGAGCUCAGCAGCAAGACCUGUGGCAGUCCAUCUUUGGGUCAAGACGCAUGCGGGUCUUCUUCCUGCGGUGGUCUGGGCUGCGUGAAUCCUGAGGGCAGGGCCAGGUGUGGAGGAGAAGGCUGUAGUGGUGCGGUAGCAACGGCCAACAGUGUCCUGAGGAAGGCUCGGGACUCUGAACAGGAAAUUGUCCAUGCCAUGGAGGAAGUGGAGAAGCUGUCUAAGAUGGUGUCAGAAGCAAAGCUACAGGCGGACAAGGCCAGGCUGAGUGCUCAGAACGUCCUGAUGAAGACCAACAGGACCAAACAGAAAGUUGACCAGAGCAACGAGGAGCUGCGCAGCCUCAUCAGACACAUCAGAGACUUCCUCACCCAGGACGCUGCAGAUCUUGAGAGCAUUGAACUUGUGGCAAACGAGGUUCUGGACAUGCAGAUGCCAACCACGCCGGCUCAGCUGCAGAACCUGACCGACGAGAUCCGGCAGAAAGUGGGAGAACUGGGACAUGUGGAAAACAUCCUGCAGGAAAGUGCCGACGACAUCCAGAGGGCCGACAAGCUGCUGGACGAGGCUCGCCGAGCCAGCGAGGAGGCGCGUGAUGUCAGAGACUCUGUGGAGAAAGUGAAGCGAGCACUGGAAGAAGCUCAGAGAGCUCAGACGGCUGCCAGCAGUGCUAUCCAGCAGGCCACGGCCAACAUCCACAACACCAGCCACCUGUUGUCCUCGGUGGAGUCGGAGACGGCAGAUGCUGAGUUAAAGCUUUCAAAUGCCACCCAGAGGCUGCAGAAGCUCGAACAGGAUGUGACGCUGUUGAAGGAGAAAGCUGUGAACGUUACUCUUAGUGCCAAACUGACCAAUCAGGAAUCAGUGAGCGUCAGAAGCACGGCAGAGGAGCUGAAGAAGGAGCUGGACAGCGAGCUGAAGGAGAAGUAUGCCACCGUGGAGCAGCUUAUUGGUCAGAAGACGGGAGGCAUGGUUGACGCCAAGAAGAGGGCACAGUCACUUCAGCAGGAAGCCAAAGAGCUGCUGCUGCAGGCCAGUGACAAGCUGCAGCUGCUGAAAGAUUUGGAGAAGUCUUAUGAAGACAACGAGCGCGCUCUGGAGCAGAAGGCAGAGCAGCUGGUGGAGCUGGAGGCAGCAGUGAAGGGGCUGCUGCAGGAGAUCAGCCACAAGGUGACCGUCUACAGCACCUGUGUGUUUUAGGAUCGAAGGUGACCGAACGUCUCGAAGACAAGAACUGCUCCGCUUGUAUUUUCUUCUAUAGUUUUUACUCCCAUGUUUAAUCCUCGUGUUAAUCUCAAUAAAAAGAUCAAAUCAGA